AUGCGUUUUACAAUAUUUGCUACAGUUUUAAGUGACGCAAACCAUAUCAAAAAGGUUUCGAAUUUAGCUCGAAGUUCCGAAUUGAUUAGAAAAUUACCUUUCCAACGGUUAGUACGUGAAAUUGCCCAAGAUUUUAAAACUGAUUUAAGAUUUCAGAGUUCUGCAGUGAUGGCGCUUCAAGAAGCCAGCGAAGCCUACUUGAGUCCGCACACCUUAACUAGUUCCGUUUUACCGAUAGUCGAACACUCCACAUUAAAGUCUAGUCUUUCGCACAUCCAGCCCUGCGGAACACCUUCUUCUUCUUCUGCUGCGUGGCUUGUUCUACCCCUUGGAGACUCGAAUGUCGUCAUCGCAGCUACUUGGUUGGAGAGCUGUGAUAUGUGGUUCACAUAUACCUGGGAGCCGUGGUUCCAAUGGUUGACUGGAACGAUCCGGGCCGUAAUUUCAGUGGGACAUUCCCUCAAAUAUGUUUCCAACCUCGCUGAAUCUGAACUGCAGGGCAUAACUGGUUGA